UAAUAAUAAUAAUAAUAAUGAAGAUAGCCACACGCUGUGCCGGCUCGGAAGUACCGCAAGUGCGUGACCAGUCGGACAAUCACCCUCCAAGUCCUUCAUCCUGGCUCUUUCGAGAUUCUAUAAAUCUGGCUCCCUCUCAUCAUCCUUUCAUCAUCCACCAGCCCAACCCCCUCGUCCACUUUAACCUGACCGAUAAAAUAAAAUAAAAUAAAAUAAAACCAUCUACGAUCAUUAAUUUAUUCUAGUCUACCCCGACCCGCACCCACAGAGUCCAACAACUCACCACCACAUACAUAAUACCACCUCAUGUCGGGUAACUAUGGAUCCAACCGAUUCCCCCAGUACCCAGCCGAUCCUCGUCGAACCUCUGCGAGUUCGUCCGCAAACCCCUCUUCUCUAAACAACCUGAGCGCCAGCCAGUCUUUCGGGAAUCACCCUGAAGCCAACCCCAACGCUUAUCUGCAGUACAGCCCUUCAUCAGGCGGCUAUAAUAGUCAAGGCUUGCCAACCCAACAUCUCGCUGGCAGCUCACUUGCUGCUUCCAACAGCCGUGAUCCAUACGCUCGGCCGCAAUAUCCUCCAGCUAGUAAUCUAGCCCCCGCCGGCCUUGCCUAUAAUCCUCCCCUCCAACCAAGCGGGAUCUCCUUGGAUAGCUUAUAUCACCCCGUCUCGUCAACCAAUCCGCUCUUGCAACAGAAUAAUCUCGCAGGUAAUUCUACUGUUGGCUUGCACCAUGAUAGCUACCUGUCCAGCUCCAUGGGCAUGAGCUGUCCAAACCCAUCCCAUAAUUCAGACCCUCGUCCGAGUCAUGGGGUCGUCCGCAACCAUAUAUGUCCAACGUGCGGGAAGGGCUUUGGAAGACCCUCUUCGCUGGCCCAACAUGAAUUCAUACAUACUGGUGAACGCCCAUACGUUUGCCCUGUCUGCGGAAGAGCUUUCAACACGACCAGCAAUCUCAAGCGUCAUCAGAGUCUGCACGAAACCGCCCAAUAAAGAAAAGACACACAACACACACAAACGGGUCAAGAAGAAGGAGAAGCCCGCCUUUUCUAGCAGCUUCAUGUCCCAUUCGUGCUAAAAAAAACCCCCAAAUGUCGCAACCAAAAUCUAUAUGUCCGGCCCCAACCCCGGAUCACAUCUCCAAUAGAAGCUAUUAAAUCACGCUGCAAGAAUAUCGCAUCUGACCUCCUCGUCGUUAUUUAUCAUACACUAACAACACACAAAUAUUAUCACAUCGUCUUGCUAAAUUUCAAAGAAAAUCAACUUUGCUGGGUCCGUUGUGCUAUAUGAUGUACAUCCAUAUUUUUUUCACUUCUUUUUCUUAAACAAAUGCCCCCCUCCCUUAUUAUACUUACAUGACCCACCUAAAUAAAGAUGCCGAUCCCGAAAGAUAACUGUUGUAUUUAAGUCCGAGGCAUCAACAUCGAAACCACUCCAACACCUUUAUAUAUGCAUAGUUCUAGCGCAUCCAUCGUACUUACAACCCCUCUACACUAAACAUUUAGCCAUCCUCAUGUCUGCCAGGAUACUUCCAAAAAGCUCUGUAUUCAAUCUUUCCAGAUACGCUUGAUUCUCUUUCAUAUAUGAUUCAUAUAUAAGGGCAGAUAUAAUAUAUUUGUUUUAGUCAUCCCACUCCCAGCCUGUGUAACCCUAAUUGAAUUGUUCCUUGGUUAUAUAUCAACUUGUAUCAUGCAUUGUACCGUUGUGUUUCCUUACAAAUCUUUGCAUAUCUCAUCCAUUCUCGUGUUAUGUGCCACUGGAGACUGCUGGAUCAUUGGAUGCAGGACUCCUUCUUCUCAUCGCAACUUGGAAAAGCCCCUGUCAACACUCAAUUCCUGAAAUAAAAAAAUCAAUCCAAAAAUCUAUGGUUUGAAAUUGACAUCCCCA